UCAGAAUCAGGGCGUAGCAAGCCAAAAAACCCGUAGCUGGCUCCAUAUAACAGUUCGUCCAGUCUUAUCGGGACAACAAUUCUAUUUAAACAGACGAAAUGACUUUUUGAUGUGGUAAAAAAUGAACAAACCCAAAAUGGCUACAGAGAAGGGUGUCCCCAGUAACUCCAGGGUACUGAUGCUUCUGGGCCAGCUGGAGAGGAUGAACGGCGAGUCCAUGCUGAGGGAUGUGGAAAUGGCAAGACAGGUCACAACAAAAAUCCUUCAUCUCAUACAGACACAAGAGAGGAGUGGAAAAGAAGUGAUGUCCAAAGGCUCCUCUGGAAUGGAAGUCAUCCUGGCUUCACUGGAGAAUAGCAGAGAUGUCCAGACUACCCUGAACAUUCUGUACAUUCUCAGUGAGCUGCUGGCUAUCGGCAGAGGGCGCAGAGUGGGAGUGUUUGUCUCCAAGGGAGGAACAGGAGUAUUAUUCCAGAUUCUGAUCACUGCCAGUAAAGAGUUUCCUCCCAGUGAGGAACUCAUGCUGCAGCUUCACUCGCUGCUCGCCAAGGUUGGACCCAAAGACAGAAAGUUUGGAGUGAAGGCACGUUUGAGCGGAGGUCUGAACGUCACUGUGAAUCUAAUGAAACAUAAUCUACUGAAUACAAAACUACUUCUGCCCUGUCUUCAGGUUCUCAGGGUGUACUCUGCCAACUCUGUGAACGCAAUUACAUUGGGGAAGAAUGGUGUGGUGGAACUUAUGUUCAAGAUUGUUGCACCAUACAGCAAAAAGAACACCAGCCUGUUAAAGGUAGCUCUGGACGCACUGGGAGCUCUGCUCAAAUCCAAAACGAAUGCUCGUCGUGCAGUAGACGGUGGCUUUGUUCCUGUCUUGCUCGCUCUGUACCUGGAUUGGCAUCGCAACGACACUCGCCAUCGCCAUAUGGUGAUUCGUAAAGGGCUGCUGGUCUGCCUCCGAAACAUUACCAGCAUCAAAAUCGGCAGGAAGGCAUUCCUAGAAGCCGACGGCAUGAGGAUUCUCUACAACUCAUCCACUGAGUGUCUCCCUGUGCGUACUUUGGAUCCUCUGGUUAACACUUCAAGUCUCAUCAUGAGGAAGUGUUUCCCCAAGAAUCGUCUGCCUUUAGCGACUAUCAAGUCAGCCUUCUGCUUCCAGCUGCCUGAUGUUCCUGCUGGGGGGCCUGUGGCACAGCUGUACAACCAGCCGCCUGGAGUGGACGAUGUGGCGGAUGACAGCGAUGAUAACGAGGAGCCAGAAGCUGAUGCAGACACAGAGAACGACGACGAUGAGAAGGAUCAGUGCAGUCUGAAUGAUGACAUAGAAACAGACCUGAACAAGCUUCAUCCUAAAAGGAUCAUCACACGUUCAUAUGAGGAGCUGAAGGUUUAUAAGAGAUUUUUCUUAGAGCUGACUGAAGACUUUCAGGAGUAUGAUUUUCACUCCUCAAAGAGUGCUUCAGUCACAUCAUCUGCUGCCUCCCUCUCAUCCGCAUCUUCUCGUCUCACUCGGCCAAUCGUAGUACCCACAGCUCAAUCCCUCUCACCAAGCUCUAGUGAGGACUGCAACCCUGCCAAAGGACAUCCGACUCAGCUGUAUCCCUCUGCGCCCACUUCUACCCCAUCUGCUUCUCAAACACCUUUAGACCUGGAUUCAAUCCAUAUCAACAAGGAUAAAGAUGAAAAAGAGCAAGCUAACACUCCAUGUCCAGAUGGGGAUGUCACUUUUCCCUCCUCCUGCAGGUCUCYAUCUCAGGCUCAUGUGAUUGAACAGGAUCUUGCACGUCCAUUGGAAUGUGUCUCUUUAGAGGACAACAUGAAAGCAGAGGAUGGAUCAGAGAGGGUGAAACGAGAAGGGUCUCCAGUCAACUCGACGAGGCACAUACAGUCACCUUUGCUCCUGGGGGGCAUUCCAAGCCGUCGUGUGGGAGGAGGCRGCAGCAGCUGGGGUUCAGACUGUGGCUCAGAGGGGGGUGAGGACGAGUCGGGGGAAGGGGCUGUUCUUGAAGUGCCCGACACGUCUCGACUCCUCCCCCUGCACGAUCUUGACCUUUACGUGGAGAUGGUGAAGGCGACACGUUCUGUCCCUCAGUACGCCGAAGUGGCUUACCCAGAUUAUUUUGGUCAUGUGGCCCCAACGUUUAAGGAGCCUCUUCUAGAGAGACUUUAUGGUGUACAAAGGUCAAAAAUAUUUCAGGACAUUGAGCGGUUGAUUCAUCCCAAUGAUAUCUUGGACAAAGUGAAUCACUUUGCAAGGAGUUCCAUUGCAGCUGGUGGACAGAAAGGAAAAUCCUAUUAUACAACGACCUUCAGCAUAAAUUUUAGCCAUAAGGACGAUGUCUGCUACUUUGCCUACCAUUACCCUUACACAUACUCCACUCUGAAGAUGCAUCUCACUAAGCUGGAGGAUUUGAGGACACCUCAGAUCUACCUGAGACAGGACGUGUUGUGUGAAACCCUCGGAGGAAACAGUUGUCCUCUUCUCACCAUCACUGCCAUGCCCGAGUCCAAGUCCUCUGAUCACAUCUGUCAGUUCAGAAAUCGCCCGUUGAUCUUCUUGUCAGCCCGAGUGCACCCUGGGGAGACCAACGCCAGCUGGGUAAUGAAGGGCACGCUGGAGUUCCUGAUGGGCUCCAGCCCACUGGCAGCAAGCCUCAGGGAGGCCUACAUCUUCAAGAUAGUUCCCAUGCUCAACCCUGAUGGAGUUGUCAACGGAAAUCAUCGUUGUUCUCUGAGUGGAGAGGAUUUGAACCGCCAGUGGCAGAACCCCAAUCCUGAGCUCCACCCCACCAUCUACCAUACUAAGAGCCUGCUGCAGUACCUUGCAUACACGCAAAGGUCCCCACUGGUGUUCUGCGACUACCAUGGCCAUUCCAGGAAGAAGAAUGUGUUCAUGUACGGCUGCAGCUUGAAGGAGACAGUGUGGCAGUCCAACAUUAGUGCAAGCUCGAGUGACUUACAGGAGGAUCUUGGAUACAGGACGCUUCCUAAGAUCUUAUCCCAGAUCGCCCCAGCCUUCAGCAUGGGGAGCUCCAGUUUUGUUGUCGAGCGCUCCAAAGAGUCGACAGCCCGUGUGGUUGUAUGGAGGGAGAUAGGAGUGCAGCGCAGUUACACAAUGGAAAGCACACUGUGUGGCUGUGACCAGGGCAAAUAUAAGGGGCUUCAAAUUGGCACCAGGGAGCUGGAGGAGAUGGGAGCGCAGUUCUGUGUGGCCCUGCUGAGGCUGAAGAGGUUGACGGGGCUUCAUAAUCAUCAACAUCUGCUGGAUUUGGAGAGCGAUAUCAUUGGGACCCAUACAAAAACAGUCAGCAGCUCCACAACUACCUAUGUAUUGGAGGAGGAUGAACCCUCCUUUCUGGAGGCCAUAGACUACAGCGCAGAGAGCAACGAUGACGAUGCGGAGCCUGAAAAUGAACUUGGCUGCGAAGUUCAGGAGAAUUUAGAGCCGCUGUCGGACUCUGAAACCAACCACAGGGAUUAGUGGUAACCCUUGCACCUGCCAGGUUGACCUUUUAACUAGUCAGCGCUUGGAUCAUUAAGUAAACAAAGUUUAAAAGAUUUCACAAGAGAAACAGAAAGAAGCCUCACUUCUCACAGAUGAAUAGCUAGAGUCACACUUGAAUUCAUGUCGGCUCAGUGUAGCUGACUUGUUGCUCCUAAAGGUGCAAACACCGCCUGCCUUUCUCCUCAGAUCAAUUUAAGUAUCAGAAUAUAUUAUAGUGAAUGUUUCCACCAUGUCACCGUACCGAUUCAGAUUCAUAAACUAUAGACCUCACAAAGCUUCUGUAGCUUCUGAGAUUCACAUAUAAACAACUCAAGCUCAGGCAGCAGGCAACAUUUAAGUUUUUAACCCUUCUCAUUAGUUAAAACAUCCUUUCUAGUGAUUCUCCUCUGAUCAGCUAAAAGAACCACGUUAUCUUCCUGACAAAACAUCUGAUGUCUUUACAGGAAAACCACCUGUUCUCACAUGUUCUCCACUCAUUGACCACCUUGCAUUUGCUGCAAUCUCUAGUGUGCUGUUUGCCUUUCUUUAUCCAAAAGUCACAAAUAUUUAUAUCACAUGAAUGUAAAACGAAAAUGGACCUUGUAUUCUACACGCACUAUAAAUGUAAACACCUCUGAGUAACCCCGGCUUACCAGACUCUUAGUUAUUUCACAGUUAGAGUAGAUGUACAAUAUCCACAUCUUCUGUCAGCGUUCCCUUCAUUUAUAAAUCGACAAUAUUCAAAAGCAGUGUUGAACGUUUAGUGAUGAAUUAAAAGCUUUAGUGUCAGAGACCAGUAAACCCUAUUUGCACUUUUUGUACAAAGAGUAUACACUUGAACAAACUGUAUGGAUGUAAAAUGUACGUAAAACUCUGAGGUUCUCAGAGCGCAACAAAAGCUCAUCGCUGUAUUGUUUCAACAAUUUUUCUGGAAUUUCGUCUCCUUUUACAGUUUUUAUUUUCCUUCUGUGUGUACGUUUUGCUAAUUUGCAGAGUCCCGUGCAUAAGAACAGGUGGUGCUGUAUAUCGAGUAUGAACUGUUUAAUUUCUGCUUAGAAAUUUAUGUAAAUGUGUUUUUGUUGAAUUUGUACAGAUAGUGCAUGGCUUUUUUUUAAUCUAUUUUAAAUUAUUCCUAAUUUAUGYAGUUUUUGAGAUGCAUCCUGCAUGUUUGUAUGAGUCAUUUUUGGUGUGUGAAAGCACUGUGUGUGUGUCCAGGAUUUUAAGUUAUUCCAUUAUUCAGCUCAGCUAAUGCUCUUAAAGUGUGCUUUUAUCAAUUUGAUUAUGCUUUGUCACUUUCCUUCACUCCUUUUUAAAAAUGUUCCAUUUCCUCUUUUCUCUUAAAUCUUUUUAGUCCUUUUCCUGUUUUUUUUCUUUCUAGGCUUCAUGUCCUUUUACAUUUCACACACCCAGAACAGUUUUAUUGUGUGUAUGUGCGUGCACAAUGUGAAUUAGCUGUUUUUCUGUUAUUUUAUGGGAACUAUGUGUGCUAUUAUACUUAUGUUUGGAGCAAGCUAUGUUUACAAUGUAUCUGGUUGUUUUUAAGUUGUUUGGCAGAAAACAAGCAAAAAUGGUAGCUUUGUUUCAAGUUGAUUGUGUGGCAGGAAAUUGAAGGUAAAAAGGCUUGGGAAAUAAAAUCGUGAACAAAAGAAA